AUGUAUCAAUUCAUUCAUUGGGCAGAAGAGAUGGAAUAUAAAUAGGUUAAUGGAUAUUUGAGACCUAUUCAUAAAAAGAAAACAUCAAAAUAAUAAAAGUUUGAUUUGGGAGAUCUUAAGAAGUAAUUUUGUGCAAUAAAUCCGCGAUCUAAAAUAAUAUAGAUGGAAACUCAGUAUAAAUGGAUUGAAUUUUAGAAUGCUUAGGCUGAGAUCUGUUUAAUUGUGAAUAAUAAGAUUAAAGAUCAACCUAAUAAAUGUACAUUCAAACAAUUGAGAAUUAAAAAAGUAAUAACCUUAUGAUAAAUUUUUAAGUCUUUCUAAGAAGGAGGAACUAAAUGAUUCUCUUAUGGAAGAAUCAAAAGAGUAAUCAAUCAAAGAAGAAUAUUUAAGUGGUGAAAUUGAUGAGUAUGCUCCACCUUAUAAAGAGGACCUAUACUCUUAUUUAAAUUUUGUGUAUAGCAGUUAUGAUUCACCUUGUAUUCAUAUUUUUUAAUAAUUAACUAAUUAUUACAUCAAAAAAAAAUUAAUUAUUCAUGUAUGA